AUGCGACCCCCGAGAGUGGAUACUACGGCAGUUUCGCCAGCUGCCUCCGACAACAAAACCACAAUCCGCCAAAAUUCAGUGCUGACACAGACGUCACCUUCACCCCAAUUUAUCGACUUCUUGAUGGAACACACCAUCACCUACCACUUAGCCAAUUCCGAAAUAUCUCCGAAACUCAAGGCUACCCUCUGGAUCUCAGCAUUCCAAAGCACCAUGACAAUGGUCUACAGUUGUGGAGACCAUAUGCGAUUUGAUCUGUCUCUCUUGGACCCUUUCCACACCUUCCCGUCCCAAAUCUCAUACUCGUCUUUACUCCCUGAGUUUAUUUUCCAAGUUCCGGAACAUCACAUCCAGCUUCUGUCUAUGUACCGGAAUCUCUUCGACGUAUCUGGGAACUUAUCUGCUUGUGUGUGGACAGCUUCGAUGACGGUGGAUCCAACCGUCCAGCGGUGA